AAUUAAAAGCUAAAAAGUAAUGAAUGUGUAAAUACGGGAGUUGUUAUACCUAGAUAACGCAUUUUAAUAAAAGAUUGUGAAAUAUUGUAGUUUGACAGUGCCUGCGAUGUUCGGGAGUUCUAUAGGCAACGCUUAAAUAAACUAGCUAGGUAUUUCAUUAAAAUAAACAAAGAUCGAGUGUUCUAUUCUAUUUUAUAUGAAGUUGUCAUUGUUUAGGUAUAGCAAGUUUCCUAUACAGUGCAUGUUUUCCUACGCACUCAUCAUUAGUCGGUUAUCUCACCCUGUAGCGGUCAGUUCGGUUAAUGCAUUUUAUUUAUAAUUAUUUAUAAUAACCAGAAUUUAGAGCCCUUUUUAUAAUUUUAACAAGUAAAAUUAGUUCGUAGGCUAAAGCCUGAUAAAUUAGUCAAUAAAUUAGUGAUGCGUCAAAAAGUUUACUCUGCGUUUUUAAGUUACAUUCGGUGAAUCGAAUUUUUAAAUAUUGGACCGGAUAAAUAAAUAAAAAAGCUCCACAAUGAUCAAAUUAUCCCUAACUGAAGCCAUGAAGAUCGGGUUCCUCGGCGGCGGCAGGCUCGCCUUUGCUUUGGCCAAUGGCUUCAUUUCAGCUGGCCUAGCCAAACCUGAAGAGAUCACAGCUAGCUGCCACCCAGCUGAUAAAGUCAGCGCUGAGGCUUUCAAGAACCUGGGCGCCACAUCCCUGUUCGAGAACGCGCCGGUGGUGGAGCGGUCGGAGGUGGUGAUCGUGUCGGUGAAGCCCGACGUGGUGGGCCCCGUGCUGCGCGAGGUGGCCGCCGCACCCGGCACCAGGAACAAGCUGUUCAUAUCCGUCGCCAUGGGCGUCAGCAUCGCUACUAUUGAGAAGAACCUGCCUAAAGAAGCGCGCGUGAUCCGCGUGAUGCCCAACACGCCGGCGCUGGUGCAGCAGGGCGCCGCGGCCCUCAGCCGGGGCUCGCGCGCCACCGCCGCCGACGCCGAGCUGACGGCGCGGCUGUUCCGAGCGGUGGGGACUUGUGACGAGGUGCCCGAGUACCAGAUGGACGCCGUGACCGCGCUGAGCGGCAGUGGGCCGGCUUAUAUCUACAUGCUGAUCGAGUCCCUGGCGGACGGCGGCGUGCGCUGCGGGCUGCCUCGCGACCUGGCGCUCCGACUGGCGGCGCAGACCACGCUGGGGUCCGCCGAGAUGGUGAAGACGGGGGGGCAUCCGGCCCAGCUCAAGGACAAUGUGACAAGUCCUGCUGGGUCCACGGCUGAUGGGACGUACCACUUGGAGCAGAAUGGUUUCCGGUCAGCCAUUAUCGGCGCUGUGAAGGCCGCAGCCGACAGAUGUAAAGUGGUCAACCAACAGCUAAACAUGUGAUUGAUUAGUCAAAUUAACCAAAUAACGGAUCUGAUAUCGUUGACAUAAUAAACCCUUUAUUGAAUAAAUGUUAUGGAAAGUUAUAAUAA